AUGAAUAUAUUUUUAAAAUUACCUAAAGAAGUUUUAACAUUAAUUAUUAAAUAUAUCAACAAUGAUAAAACACUUGAAAUAUUAGUUGGUGUCAAACCACUACAACAAUAUGCAUUGCGUGAAAGAUAUUCCGAUUUCAAAAUAAGUACAAUUGAUGGUUCUCAAAGAGAUGGAUCAGCUCAAUAUGUAAAAGAUCUAUAUUACAAGUUCAAAUUCAAACCUACGAAGAUUUCCGGUAAAAUUGAUGAUAUCAAAGAGUUAAUUAAGUCCGAAUCAGUUAUUAAUGUACCUAAGAAAAGGAAAAGAAUAACCCGGUCAAGUUCUAAAGAAGUUACAAGGUCAGUAGUUGAUGUUAAUUAUGGUGAUGUUGAGUUUGAAUUGCUUUUAGAUACAUCAAAUACUUUUGCCGAAUUAAAAUCAGUAUGGGAUAAAAUUAACGUGGUUGGAAUUCAUAUGGGAAGAGGAGGUGUGUUUGAUCGUUCAGAUUUUUACACAGGAAAUGUCAAUUUCAACGAGGAGGAUGUACAUAAUUUUAUAAAAAAAUUAGAAACAAGUGAAAUAAAUUCAUUGACUACUUUUUAUCUGAGAUUAUUCAAUUUUCCAUUUCCCGAAUCACUUAAAACUUUAACAUUGUAUAAGCAAAAGAAUAAAUCACAGAGAAUCGACUUAAGAAAUUUGAAUCAACUUGAGCAAUUAAAUCUUGAAGGUUUGGGUGUUAUGGAAUCAUUAGAUGAACUUAAAAUUCCAGAAAGUGUUAAAAUAUUGGACAUAAAUACAUGUGAAAUGAAAUAUUUGAAUAAUUUGAAUCAACUUAUUAAUUUAAAAGUACUUACUAUCAAACAUUGUGGUAAUUUUAUUGGGUUUUUACAAUGUUUGUUCCCAGAGUCAUUAAAAGAGUUAACAUUUUUUAACACAACUUUAAAACAUAAAAUUAAUCAAUUAUUCAAACAAGUUGAAGAUGGUACAAAUGAUGAAUUUAAAACUUCAGAUUUUUCAAGCAACGGUGAAUUAUUUAUUAUUAAUUCAAAAUUUAGAUUUCCUUCAAAACUAAAAAAGCUUCACAUCCAUGGGAGUAAUUGUUUUGCUUUAGAAUCUAAUGAAAGCUUAACAUCCCUUGAUGACUUAAAUUUAGAUGGUAUGAAGUUAUUAGAUUUAGCAGGUAUUUUUGCAGGUUUGUCCAAUAAAAUGGAAAAUAUAAAAAUUGAUAGUUGCAAAAUAGCUAAAGUUGUUGGUGAAUGUAAAUUUCCACGUUCGAAACAAAUUACAUUUUCAAAUAAUAAAAUCGAAGCUCUUUUUGAAACAAAUUUAAAUCAAAUGGAUUAUUUAGAAUUCUUAGAUUUCAUGUUUAAUCAGUUAGAUGUACUUUAUGGACGUCCGAUAGUCAAUCCAAUCACGUUUUUUAAUUAUGAUUCAACAUUUGUUGACAAAGCAUCAGGUAAACAAUCAAAAAAAACUACUAAAAGUAGCAAAAGUAUUGAACCUUUUUCUGUAACACUCAACAUGCCAAACUUGGAACAAUUGAUGUUGCACCGAGAAACAUAUUUUUCAUGGGAAAGAAGACGUAGUGUUUAUCAGAAUGAUUUUUCAAAUUUAUCUCAGAUUUCAUUAGCUGGUUGUGGCAAAUUAACAAAAUUUGAAAUGUCUGGUUUAGGUUUUAAAAAUUUAAAUCUUAAUUGUUUUCCAAUUUCAUUAAAAUCCGUUUAUAUUCACGAUUUUAGUUUCAAUACGAUUAUUGGUAUAUUUAGUACAUUAAAUAAUUUAAGGGAUUUAAAGUUGAGAAAUGUUGAUCUUAGUUAUUCAAUGUUAUCAAACCAAACAUUUCCAGAUAGUUUAAAAAAAUUAGAUUUAUCUAACAACAGACUUGAAGAUUUAACUUGUUUGUAUAUAUCAAAUUGCAAAAAUUUAACUCGUUUAAUUUUAGAUGGAGUAACUGGACUGAAGGAACCAAAAGGAGCAAUUGAAUUGAGAGAUUUAUUUUUAAAACUUAACAUUGAAUCAGAUGAUAAUCUUGGAGUUUUAACAAAUUAUUCUAAUAAAAAUAUAUUUAGAGUUGUAGAUGGUGUUGAUGUUACAAGAGGAAGUGGUUCAAAACGAAGUUCAAGAGCAAGACCAAGAGAUGAUGAUCCAGCUUACAGAUAA